UCUUCUUCUUCCCCGCCUCUCAUUUCUUCGUCUCCUUCUUCUUCUUCUCCUUUCCCCUGGUCUUUUCCGCUCCGCCAGGGCACUGUACCCCACGCUUGAAUUCCCUCUGUUAUUCGCUUCGCUCCGCUUUUCUUUCUCCUUUCCCUCCUUCCUCCCUUCCCUUCUUCCCUUUCUUUUCUCUUCACAUCGUUCUAUGCACCUGGAUCGAUCUGUUGUGGAUCGGGGGGAUCUAGCCUAGAUCUUGAUUUUCUUUUUUCCCCCUCUCUCUCGUUCCUUUCCCUUAUUCUCCACCCAGUUUUGAGACACCUUUGCACGCGGCUUUUCGAAUGGUGUCGCUCACUCGCCGACGUUACCGUACGGUAUGCGAUCCCGCACAGGCUGUUUGACGUGUCGCACUCGGAAACUGAAAUGUAAGUAGGACGGACUCUUGUCGACAAA